AUGGCUCGAUUAUAUGCAGUGUUCCCAAUUCAAACGGGGCUAUCUAAUAUUCCUUCGUGGAAUCGGACUAAUGCUGCAAAACAGCCAUCUUGCUUUGGAUUAUCCACCAACAUCUCAACUACUCACGCCACCCCCAAAGCAAUUAUCGUGUAUCCUGGAUGCAAUUCUAUUCGGGAGCGUCAGCGAGAGCUGAGAAAACUACGUAAACGCCGGGCCAAACAAGAGCGUCGCCAAACAGCCAGGCAGAAAUCGGUAGUCGCCAUAACUCCUUCAGAUGGUCACCAAAGCACCUUAUUAUGCAGUGGUUUGAAUUCUCCCAAGCUUGAUACGGUUCAAGAGGCAAAUGUGCCAAAUGCCGAUAAAGGAGAGACCUCGCUAAUUGGUGAGGCCAAGUCUGCUAUUUGA